CUCCAGUAUGGACAAACCGAAUGCACGCCAGUGAUGAGCUUUUGUGCUCAGCUCUGGAAAUAGAGGCCUCAUGGACAAUUUCCAACGCCAACAAUCUGUGUGGAAUUUAGUGAAGGACAAUGUUCCCUCGUCUGAGCUUCCUGAGAUCCGAGCUGUACUGGGAGAAACACUGAUUGAUACGUACGCAGAGUUAUAUUCAGAGGUGGAGAUGUGGGAGAAGAUUUGGAAGGAGCUCCGUUGCUCAGAGAAGGGCAGCAGGCCAGAAGCCCCCAUAUUCCCUCUGGCUGACCCCCCAGCUGUUAAAGAGCUACUAAAAGCAGAGAUUCAGUUGUUGCUGCUCACACUGAGGGAGAAGGCAGCCAGACAGGGCAGGGAUGAAGAGGAGGUCAUGGCCCAGUACAGUCCUAGUGUGGUGAGUUAUGCACUGGGCAGCAGUAGCACACAGAGACAAGGGAGUCCAGGCAGCUGGUGUGAAACCAAAUCACCUUCCAGACCCCCAUCAAGUCUGAGCGAGACUAGAAGCAGGUCAGUCUCCAGCCUCUCGUCUCACUCCAGCUUUGAAGAAGAAAUCAAGGCCUUAAGACACAAGUUAAACAUCACCCAUAUAGAUGAGGUUGUGUCCCAUCUCAGGUCAGUCAUAACUGAAGAAUCUGAAGCACUGAAAAGAGACGUGCAGGUCCUGCAGGAAUACCUUGAGACUGAGAGAGCCAGUGCUCAGACAGAACCUGUAUCUCCAGAACCCAGUGUAGCAGAGCUCAAAGAAGAACGGAGACUCAUUCAGAGGAAUCUGAACGAACAGAGUUUAAUAACCAACAACACAAAUAAUCAGAGUAACAGAAACCCACACAUCCACAUAAGAUGCUGA